AUGGCCCUCGCGCAGCGUGCUCGUCGUCCUCGAGCCUCGAGCGCGGACGCCGCUGUCCAGCCGGAGAGCGGGUCCAGCGACGGCGGCGGCACAGCGGGGUCGGCGGCCGAAGACGCGAGCAGGAACGAUGCGGCCACCACGAUGGCGGCGCACGUGGCGCCGUGUACAGUCACAGCGGCGAGCACUGCGAGUGACGAGAACGGCGUUGCUACGACGCAACACUCGAAGCGAUCGCGGUUGUUGAUCGGCCGGGAUGAAGCUGUUAUCUGCUUGGAGGCCGUUGAGCAGCGCCUGUGCCCAGCAGUCGCGCCGCUGCUACUCGGUCACCACCAAUGGCGAAUACUGUCUGCGCGGCUACCUGAGCGAUGCGAUGGUGCGCUUUCGCGUUGCCCUGCGCACCCUGUGGCCCCGCGGUCGAGUGGCUGUCCGCCGUGGUCAGGGUCCACCCGUGCUGUCGCGUUACCUCAGCGUUGGGCCAAACAGACGCGAGCAGCCGACUUGCGGAGACGCGCCGCCCGUCAGCUGUUCGCCGGCGCUCGCCUGCCGCUCAUGGGGCUCACUGGCGUGUGCCUCGUCACCAAACCAUCCCUGGUCACCAGCGAAGAGGAACUAGAGAGUGUCUGCGUCGCCCUGCGGGAGCUGGCUGUCACAAUGAGCAAGAAGCAAGAGGUGGCACAGGUGCCAGACAAGGAAGCAGUCAAACUGGAUGACCUGGAAUUGGGCACAGUGCUAGGAAAAGGUGCCAAUGCGGUCGUGUACAGUGGCCGCUGGAAGACACCCGUCAGCACCCAAAAACACCCACUGGCAACCGAUGACAGCAACACUGUCAAUGCUCCAUUGGCUAUGGCUGCUGCCAAAGAGACGGACUUGGGUGGUGAGGAGACACAGACAGGGGUUUCGACAGUAAAGGACUCUGCAGUUCCGGUGAAGCACAUGCAAGAGUUCUCGCCUGCUGCUGCCAUGAAGGAGGAAAACGAUGGACCCCGUUUUGACCUGGCUGUCAAGGUGCUGUUCAACUACUAUGCAGCAUCCAAUGCAGCCGCCAUCUGGGACUCUCUGCAGAAGGAGUGCCUGCCUGUGCUGGUCAACCAGCUUCUGCCUGCGGGCUUGUGGCGCUGCCGCCUGCCCCCCCAUGCACACAUAGUGGAGAUGCCAGUGGCAUUUGUGGACUCGGUGUCCGUGCUGCCUGGUGCUACUGUGCUCUGGCCAAGUGCCUUGUCUCCUCGCUUGCACCCACGAGGCUGCGGGCGCAACGCCACUCUUUACCUGGUCAUGCGCAGGUACCAGUGCAGCCUGGCCGAGUACCUGCAGAGUGGUGUUGCAGCUAGCAGGGAUCCACAGGUGCAGCUGAGCCUGCUCUGCCAGCUGCUUGAGGCUGUCUGCUACCUAGGCCAGCACAGUGUGGCUCAUCGGGAUCUCAAGGCGGACAACCUGCUGCUUGAUCUCUCCAAGGGUACAACAUGUCCAAGGCUGGUUCUGUCGGAUUUUGGCAGCUGCCUGGCCAGCACGAACUUACAGCUUCACUUCGUCUCGCCCGAGGUCAACCGGGGCGGCAACCCCGCACUCAUGCCACCCGAGGUUGCAAGAGCUGAACCAGGCCUGCUUUCGGUUAUCGAUUACCGGCGCGCUGAUCUGUGGGCAGCAGGCACCUUAGCCUACGAGUUGUAUGGAGCACCGAAUCCAUUCUACGACCUAGACAGCCGCACCUAUGCUGAGUCUGACUUGCCCAAACCACCCACUGCCAUGCCUCCCGUGGUGCAAGCACUGGUCCUUGAUAUGCUGCGAAGGGACCCAAAACAGCGUCCCAGCCCUGCUGUAGCGGCAACCAUCUGCCAGAUGCUUCUGCUAGCUCCAAAAGACCUCCUUGAAAGUUCCAGUGACUGUGCAGAUGCACGACGCAUCCUUCGUUGGCUGUGCAGCCUCGCAGCCAACACCGUGCCCCAUUGGGAAGAGAGCGUGUCUCAAGCAAUCAGCAGCCCACGUGGCGUGUCAGCAGAGUGUACCUUCACCAUGGAUCAAACAGAGAAGCUCCAUGUAGACCGCACUGCUAAAAUUCACGGUGAUGCCCAUCAAGUGGAUAUUAGCGAUUCUAUACUUAGUGAUAAAAGUGUGAUGCAAGUUCAUCAGUCAGGACCUACAGCCACCUUAAAGUCGGCCAAACCCAAGUUGCAUUCGAUGUCGCUUGAACUUGCAAAGGUCCUGCUAUCUAGAGUCAGCUUGCCACAAGCAGUUGAAGCACUUCGUUACAUCAGAGCUCACAUGACUUGUGAUUAACAUUAUUUAAGCAAAAUGUCUGACAAAAAUUCACUAAAUUUGUUGCCCUCUGCAUGACAGUGUGCAGCUGGUGCUUUUCUAUUAAGUACCUGUAGCCAAAUUUUUAUCUAGAUUGUUUUCAAGGUACUUGCACUUAACUGGCACAUCAGUUUAGCAUGAAGGUACAUGUAGUGCAGUACCACUGCAGCACUAGUGCGAGACGAGGCAGAAGUGAGCAUUGCAUCGAAGACGUCAUUAAACACACAGAUGCUGUGGUAAACUAGUGUUCCGAGUGUUAUUCAGUAUCAACAGUGUAGAUAAUGUGCACAAUAAAGAUUUUGAUCUAGC